CUGUUGCUCGUUCAUGCAGUACAGCUCUCGCAACUACAGCAUCAUCAUGGCUCUAGCUUUGUCAGUAUUUCUGGCGUGUGCCGGAGUGGUUCUUGGUUCUCAUCCGCCGCCCUAUGGCCACCCACGCCCUGCCUAUGGACACCAUCAGCCCUCCUACAAACACUCCUACUGUGACCCAACAGCCACCCCUACAUGUGCCGUAAACUCUACCCUCAACUACUGCCUGGAAGAUGAAGAAUACCCGGAGUACGAAAUCAAGGGCGCCAUCAGCGCUGACCACCUCUUCGCCAAGAAAUACGCUGAUAUACCUGACCAGUCAGCUGACGACCUCGUAGACAUGGUCACUAAGGCCCAAGAGGAAGCUUUCGAUUACUCUUAUUAUACUGGGGCCUCUACUGGAGACUCUCCAUACGACGCCACCCACUGGGGAGGCCCUGAAGGCUACAUCUGCCCCUCAGACGUCGCCUAUGCCAGACCAAGACGUGCCCAGAACGUGGAGGGCAAGUGGCGUGUGAUUGUCAACGACGUCCACUACUAUACCCAGACUGCCCGUCUGGAGACCUGCCUGUUCCCAGAGGCCGCCUGCCGUGCCCUGGCUCCCUGCUACAAGAGCCACUGCACCCAGAAGUACGUAUACCACCGCCUCCUCUCCUUCGACCCCUGCGAUGCUUACAAGGGCCUCUUCAUCGACAUCUACAAGCUGCCCUCAGCCUGCUCCUGCCACGUCCCCGCCUAAAUAUUAUUCUAUCUCAAGAUUAAAUACCUCAGGACGAUUCCUUGAUACCGCCCCACCCCCCACGGCAGAUCUACUGACGCCUCCUUUAUGCUGUUGAAUAUCUCCUACGCCCCUGCGGAGGAGAAGCCCCGAGAUGACUUGAGAACUGCUUUCUUCACGUACCACCAACUAGUCAUGCCAGGGACUCCCGGGACGCUCCCCGCUGCUCGCCUUCUCUCCCUUUCUCCCAUUUUCUUUUAUUCGUUUUCUAUUGUGUAACCAUGUGUGCUAGAUGCGAGAAGUUAUUGUACUAUUUAUUGUUUCUAAUAAAAAAAAUUCUUCAA